UGGUUCAGUACACUGGCCCUUUAAGAUUUAGGAUUUGGGAGUGACGCGGAUAUGAAAGCUAGUUUAUCCCUCUUUCCUUCGCUAUGAAAAAUAUUUGGACAAACUAGACAAACGAUUGCCAGCCCUAGUUAACUGCCUAUGAUGCAGGUUAACAUAAUUUGUUGAAGGAAUCCAAACCGGAGUGUGUAGUGGUUACGACUGAUUUAUCACCUCGGGAUUACUUGCCAGAGGGCCGUCCUCCGAGUUGCUGGGAUAACUUUGGAGAAGUUCUUUGUAUUCGGGAUAGUCAGACAGCUUGGCCGACAGGCUGAACAUGGACUGGGGCACAGAGCUUUGGGACCAAUAUGACAUCAUUGAGAAGCACACACAGUCUGGCCUGGAGCUGGUGGAGAAGUAUGUGAAAUUUGUGAAGGAGAGGACAGAGAUUGAGCAAAACUAUGCAAAACAACUGAGGAACCUUUCAAAGAAAUAUAACCUGAAACGAAUCGGCAAAGAUGAACCAGAGUGCAGGUUGUCCAGUUACCAGUCCUUUUUGGAAAUCCUGAAUGAGAUGAACGACUAUGCGGGGCAGAGAGAGCUAAUUGCAGAGAACAUGAUGAUGAACAUUUGCAUCGAUCUCACCAAGUACUUGCAAGAGCUCAAGCAGGAGCGAAAGAUGUAUCUGAUGGAGGCCAAGAAGGCCCAGCAGAGUUUGGAGAGCACCUACAAGCAGCUCGACAGUAGUAAAAAGCGCUUUGAGAGGGAAUGGAGAGAAGCAGAGCGUGCAGCACAGUACGCAGAGAAGACUGAUCAAGACAUCAAUGCUACAAAGGCGGAUGUUGAAAAAGCCAAACAGCAGGCUCAUAUGAGAGCACACGUAGCGGAGGAGUGUAAGAACGACUACGCUGCUCAGCUUCAGAAGUACAACAAGGAGCAGAACGAGUUCUAUUUUAAUGAUAUGCCACUCAUUUUCAAUAAAGUGCAGGAUCUGGAUGAGAGGAGAGUUCGGAAGUUGGCGCAAGGCUACAUCUUGUUCUCAGACACAGAGAAGCAUGUGAUGCCUAUCAUUGGCAAGUGCCUGGAAGGCAUGACUAAAGCCGGCACUAAUGUUAAUGAGAGGAAUGACUCCAUGGUUGUAAUAGAGCAGAACAAGUCAGGCUUUGAACGUCCUGGAGAUGUGGAGUUUGAGGACUACAGUCAGGGCAUCAACCGGGCCUCAUCUGACAGUAGCCUGGGCACGCCUAAAGGCCCCAUGGAACUUCUGGGAAAGAACAGGAGCAAAAACUUUUGGCUUUUCAGCAAAAAGAGUAAGCUCUCUCCCUCCACGCUUCCACCUUUUUCCACCCCCCCCCCCUCGCCCGCUAACGGACCCCCUUCCCCCAAGUUUGGCCGGGACCCCCUGUCGUACUGUUUGAAGGAGAUCAAUAAGACAGUCAAACCCAGAAUCUCUUCCUUCCGGACACUCAGGAGAUCGAAGUUUACUCCAGAGAGGAUCACGCCUACGGUGACAGAGGACUUCACCCAUCUUCCUCCAGAGCAGCGCAGGAAACGGUUACAACAGAAACUAGAGGAAAUUUGCAAAGAGCUGCAAAAGGAAGUAGAUCAGAGUGAGGCCUUGGGGAAAAUGAAAGAUGUUUAUGAGAAAAAUCCUCAAAUGGGAGACCCUGCUAGUCUGGCAUCCCAAAUCAGCCAGACGUCCCAGAGUAUAGAGCGGCUCAGAGGAGAGCUCAACAAGUAUGAGACUUGGCUGGCUGAGGCAGGAGGACGGGGGGACACGCUGCGCUAUAAAAGUCACACAUUCAACAACAACGGAGCUCACGAUGUACUCGGCCCUGAUGGAGCUCACUCCGAUGAAAGCACUCCUGAUCCCUCUCAGGCCAUCUACGCUGAGUUUGAUGAUGACUUUGAGGACGAGGAACUAACUGCUCCUAUUGGGAAAUGCACAGCCAUGUACAGCUUCCCUGGGGCCAGUGAAGGGACCAUCUCUAUGCAGGAGGGGGAGGUGCUGGCUGUGGUAGAGGAGGACAAAGGGGACGGCUGGACCCGUGUCCGUAGGAACAAUGGGGAUGAAGGCUACAUACCUACAUCUUAUGUCACCAUCAGCAUAAACAAAUGACAGACAUAUGAGGAACAAGAGAAGAAGAAAUGGUUACUUCACCACACUGUAUGCAGUUCUUCCCAUGGGACCAAUCAUAAAGAAGCCACAGCACUAUGGGCGGGACCCCUGGUGUAUCCAGAAGGAUCCAAAUAAGGUGCUUUGAUUUCUUGAGAGGCGCCCCAAAUGGGCAGAGGAAUGCUGUUGACAGUAUGUUCCUCACGGCUAACAUUACAUUACUGUAAUCCCAGUUACCUAGGCCACCUAAACCGCAAGGUGAUCACGUUUUGAUAUCAUGUCACAAUAUUAUUUUGGUUAAAAAAUAAUGCAUGGACCUUAGGCACAAUCGUGGUACGAGCGCUCGCCUCGUUCCACAGCCUAAUAAGGCAUUAGCUUUUGAAUGUGAGAGGAAGGAGUAGAGAAAAAGGAGGAAGAUGAGUGCUGCUGCCAUCUUUACACUGAGUGUUAAUACCAGUAAAACCUAGGAGGAAGUUACCUUAGCAGUUUACCUUUUUCAGUUCAAAACUGACCUUUGGUUCUCAUUUGUCUCACGCGUGUCACUUUGUAGCUUUACUAGCACUUGCGAAGAUGUAUGGCACCGUCACUUUGCUCACGGUUGGACUUAACAUCUUGAGUGUCCCCAGAGGAUGAGUGAGCUUUGGGGGAGAAUGCUUCACUUUUAGUUUUCAGCAAUUUGUGAGACCAAAACGUGUAGACGGCUCUCCCAUCAUGGUAAAUCACAUGCACACAACAGUACAAACACUCUAAUGUUCAGACAAUCACACAGCCAUAUCAUCAUUUAAGUCCAUUUCCAAUAUAUAGAACUAACAAGGUCAUAGCUGAUGAAUUCUAACAGUUACAACCUACAAUUUGUUACUAAACAUAAUUUAUUACAAAUGUGUAUGUUCUAUGAAUAAAAUGUUUAAGUUUGAAAGAAGCUGUGCUUUGUAUUAAGGAUGUUCUCACAUUGUUCUUUCCCCCCUUGCACACAUAGUGGUCAGUCUAGUAGCCACAAAAGGGAGUAAAUAAUGCAAACAUAAAAUGUGCCACAUUAAGACUAUUGUAUUUAUGUAAUAAAUAAUAUAUAUUUUAGCUAUCACAACACCACUAUUGUCUUAUUAGCAUUUUGUAACCAUUAAAAUACAGAUUUGUUACAUUGUGAGACAAAACUAAAAAGUCUCUAAUUAUGUUGCUAAUAAUGUUUUGUUUGGAUUUACUU